AUGCGUGCCCAUCGCGAACGCGAAGCCCACCACAAUAAACGCCAGUCCGAUCCUCCGGAAAAAGACGUCGGCCCCGCUCACAAAGCGGGGUGGCCUGGCCAUGAACGUCGCAGCAAUGCAAAACGCCAGCGAGACGAGCAAGAAAGAGAUGAUGAAGAAGGCGAUACAGGCAAAGGCGCGGAAUGCGAUGCAGAUCUCGUCACGGCCGGCCAUACUGCCGCAGAUGUGAGAUGUGCCGAUGCGCGCCGAUGUGAACAGCGACUUGGCCACGUCCGACCCCGCCGACUAGAGGAGAUCUCCCAAGCCUCGUCUAGUGUCGUGCGAUGCCCGUGCCGUCCAGUGGACGAAGCCUUCCUUGGCAGCUGCUUCGCGAACGCCGCGUGCGGUGAUCGGGCUAUAAAUAAUACUCGCGCCGAGCCGUUUAUCGCUAACCGACCGCUCGUCGCGAGCGAGCCCCUGCUUCAAGAAGUAUACUGCACAUAUAGGCUGCUGGUAUGUGCCGAGGAUGGUGCAAGUGCGUCUGCCGUUGCUGAUACUGCGCAAACCCGGCGCUGUCUGCCGGCGAACCGGGACGUCCCCGACGGCGAGACGGACGAAGAGCUUGGCGAUGCUGCGCGCGAUGAAACGCGCGUGUGCCUCGUCUGCGCCUUGGCGGGCGAGGCCGACGACAUCGACUGCGCGGACAUCCAGAAUUUCCUGGACAGACCGAACACGUUUGCGAAGCAGUAUGACUGGCAACACUGCCCUGUGUGCGACGAUUCGGACAAUCUUCUGUAUACGCCAUAUAGCCACGUCGUUUGCAGCGUUUGCUGGGGCAGGUGGAAAGCAGAAAAGCACAGGUGCCCAACGUGUCGAUGCCCUAUCACCAUGGCGUUGGUCACGGCGCAGUCGACAUUUCUCGUGCGGGAGUAUGUGGAGGUCGGCUCUAGGAGGGGCCGUGGAUAG